AUAUUUGUUAAUUUCUUCCGUACCUUUGAACACUUUCUAAAGUCAUUGCUAUCAAGUCUCCAGAAUGUAGCAAACUUUGACCCCAAGACACACUUCGUUUUUGAGACACACAUUUAAGGUGCAACAUUUUAGUUAGAAAUCAGCAAAUAAUAAGCCUGGAUUGAGUAAUAAACUGUCCUAUGGACUCAAGUUUUUUUCUCGCAGACCCGAGAUCCUAAUGACAAGUGAUGUGGACUUGCCGCAUCUAUCAGCUCUGCCGUAUCAAGACGUCCAUCCUGGGCGCUUUGUGUCUAAUGACGUGCGCCGUCUUUCUUCUGCUCGCCCUGGGCGAUGAGUUCGCGAGAUAUACGCGCCCCAGGCACGGAAUCAUGUCAUCAAGUCCGGGCGUCGGCCUUACUGCUUUAACAUUUGACACCGACAAUAAACUGCGAUCACGGCAUCCUUUAGAACAAUCAAACGUUACGGGUGGUGACUUCCUGGCCCUGAUUCGCAGUCACAACACUGGUAAGGGGAAACACGGCGCCCCCGCCGACACUUCCUCCUCCUUCAGGUGGGCUUUACCUGAUCUGAAGCGGUCCUCAUCUGAAGGGAGGGAAGAGCUCAACCAGCGAGAAAGAAAAGGUAACUCCAGGCCUGGUGUGAAAAACGGUUCCCUGAGGGCGCAACGUAAUACUGUUUCAAAGGAAUCGCAGCAAAAGGUAGCCAAUGCUACGUUUCUAAGGCAACCAAAGCAGACCGGAAGUGUAGCUCAAGUGACAGAGUUCAGAUCCUCAGCCAGUUUUGAUGAAUUGUUCAGUGGUAUUUACUGGUCGGACGCUGUGGAAACUCUAGUUCCUAAAGGUGUUGGUCAAUAUGAAGCUGACCAAUGGAUUAAGAAGUGUGGUCACUUGAACAUCAAACACUUGGAACCAGCUACAGAAGAAAGAUGUGGAAGACAGAAGAACGGUUUCGCCACAUUUGGUGACGGCAGUAAAAUGUGCGUUCGAUACCGCGCUCCGAGUAACAGGUUUAUUCAAGGUGAAGUCCUGUCCUACUGGCUGUCUCGUUACAUGGAACUGGACAAUGUCCCUCCCGUGGCCAUCUCCGCACUCAACUCCAGCCAGUGGCAAACUCACGGAGAGAUGAUGAUCUCGCAUCUGAAUUGGUCUCCUGAUGAAUAUGUUGGACUGAGCAUGUGGAUUGAGGACAUUGAUAACACGCAUUACAAAACGUCACGUGUGUUCAUGCCUGAGCCAAUCCUCAAAGCGCUGAAAACGAAUGUCCCGGUCAGCAGACACAAUCUUCAGAGCUUCUUACAGCGCAGCGCAAACACAGACGCCACCGGAGAGCAGGGGCGCGUCAGACCGAUGUCACUUAGCAACAAAAAGAUGCUGGAUGCCGUACUGGCUUUGGUUCAAUGGGGAACCAUGAUCUUAUUCGACUAUUUAACUGGGAAUUACGACAGGGUGUCCAGCAUGCUGGACGGGGCAGAUAAAGAUAAGAAUCCAGAAAUUCUCCAGGAACCUAUAAGAAACCUGAGAAGAUCAAAAUACGGAGGUGCCAAGCUGUGGAUGGUGGACAAUGAAAGCGGUUUCCUGGAGGCCUACGAUCUUAUGUAUGGUCAGCUGGACAACGGUCGAAGAUAUGUCAAGUUCCACGAACAGAUGCUGCAGACGAUGUGUCUGUUUCAGAAGAAUGUGACAUCCAAAUUAGAAGAGUUACACAAUAUGGCACAACCUGAAGAGUUUCUAAAAAACUUUGCAGCUGGCCGUGACCGUCUGCUCCUUAAAAUAGAAGAAAGUGAGAGUUUCGAUAGUUUUAACACAAAGUUUACUAAAAGACUCAACUCAGUGAUUCAAUGGAUACGAUAUUGUCAUAGACUAAAGGUGAAUAGUGGUGAUAUUAUACCAAGUUGAAGACAGCCACGGAUAACCUAUUUGAAUUGAAGUCAGUCCUUGACGUCACGAAGAAGACCGAAGACUUACAGCUGUAGUUGUGCUGACAACACGGUAGCAAGACUCGUACAUUUCUGGUUUAAGAUGUCUAAGAAUGGAAAAAUAGUCAAGUUCAAGUUCACUCUACCCCAACCAAAGACUGCCACCGAAUGCACAGGUUCAUGUAGCGAUCUACCUAACCACAGCAACAACCGAAAAGUAAUCUUUUCCCUGGAUAGCUCUUUCUCCAAACUUGCUAGAUUAUGGUCUCCUUCUGUCGCGAAACGACAAUGGAUCAUCUCAUGGAAAUGGUCAGAACGAUGUCGCCCACACAUCAGCCCCCCCCCCCUCUCCAAGCAGCGGAUAUAUCCAAAGGAACGGCAAGUGCUGAUACAGUUUGGGGUCAGCGGCAACGCAGGCUCUGUCAGGGUGUAGCACUGAGUACUGCAAACUGCCUUAGGGUCGCUAGAUAGAGUGCAUAUACUGGACAAGGGGAGAAAAAAAAUUUGCCUUGUCCACAACAAAACUGCAACAUUUUUAUGUAUUAAACCAUAAUUGGUUAUCAAAGGAGAAAUGAUAAUCUCAUGUCUAUCAUAUUUCCAUUAAUACCUGACCUCAAAUCAUUGUAUUUCCUACUGAUCUAUAAUCACACAAAGAAAAAAAAGGGACCGCAUAUAAUGUUAUAACUCAAUGAGAGGGACAGUCUAGUUCUGCAUAAGGCUGAAAUUAGACUUUCACGGACUCAUAGUUAAGCUUCGUCCUUCAGUUGGGUCUUACGCAGUCCGCGCGGCUGGUGGGUCUGUGUGUGCUUGCGUGAAAUAAAAAUGUGUGCUGGAAAACACUUAUAUUAUUGUUUCAUGUGGAUUGUUAUCAAUGUUAUUAAAAGUUUCCUUACACGAGA